AGAGCCGGCGCGUGCGUCCGUCGGUCGGCCGGGUAGUCUGUCCGCGCGGAAAGCCCAGCGCCCCGGCGUGCGGCGGCCGCGGGGCCUGGGAGGGACAGGGCGCGGAGGCGGGACCGCGGCUCCCUCCCACUCCGGGGGGAGCCCAGGAGGCGGCGGUGCUGAAGCGCCAGCGGAGAAGGAGGCAGCACAGCGGAGAGGCGGUCGCGAGCACGAGUGGGGUGGGGCGUGCCCACGGGCCCCCGCCCCCCUCGUCCCCCCCGCCCAGCUCCGGAGCCGCAGCCGGGCCGGCGGGCCAGGGGUCCGCGGCGCACCCUCUCCGGUGCGUUCUUCGGCCAGCCAGGCCUACCAGGACGCCGUGUGAAGCAGGAACAGGGGGGACAGGGACGCCCCCUUCAGCAGGAGCCGUCGGAGGGGCGGACCCGAGACCAGGCGAGCAGCCCCGCAGGAGCCAGGCUCAGGGUCUGGGACGCAGUCGGGAGCGCAGAGGGCCGGCUGGGCGCCGCAGAGCCAGCAGGCUGGCCCGGGCCUCCUGGGUGACAGGCCCUGCGUGGCUGGCUGGGAAGAAGUGACUGGAGACCUGCAGGAAAGAGACUGGACCUAGAGGAGGGGCGGCUGCCUCGCUGUCUUUGCUGAGCCCCGGGGACCGGGGACCGGGGAAUUUAGAGCAGCGUUUCCCCAUCCUGAAAAAGACAUUUGCUGUCCAGAGCAGCACCCUUUAUCUGAGACAGCGCUGGGGGCGGGGGUCCUUGGGGCCUGGAACCCCACCCCACGCUCCUUUAACUGGGGCCUCUGGGCCUCACAGAGGACCCCGGGUUCGCAAGGAGGCCUUCAGGGUCCUGGCCCCUGCGGCUGCAGCAGUGGCCAUGUCAAGGCCAGGCCAGGGUGUGAUGAUGCCCGUGAACGGGCUGGGCUUCCCACCGCAGAAUGUGGCCCGGGUGGUGGUGUGGGAGUGGCUAAAUGAGCACAGCCGCUGGCGGCCUUACACGGCCACCGUGUGCCACCACAUCGAGAACGUGCUCAAGGAGGACGCCCGUGGUUCUGUGGUCCUGGGGCAGGUGGAUACCCAGCUGGUGCCCUACAUCAUCGACCUGCAGUCCAUGCACCAGUUUCGGCAGGACACAGCUUUCCUCAUCUUCCUCUGUGUUGAGCUGCCCCCUGCCACAGGCAAACCAGGCAUUCACAAAUGCGAAGCCAAGAACAACCUCAACCGGCCCGGGCCCCAGCGCGCCACCGGCGUGAGCGCACGCGCCUCCAUCCCGCCCGGGGUCCCCGCGCUCCCGGUGAAGAACUUGAAUGGUACGGGGCCCGUCCAUCCGGCCCUGGCAGGGAUGACCGGGAUCCUGCUGUGUGCCGCCGGCCUGCCCGUGUGCCUGACGCGGGCCCCCAAGCCCAUCCUGCACCCGCCGCCCGUGAGCAAGAGCGACGUCAAGCCCGUGCCCGGCGUGCCCGGGGUGUGCCGCAAGACCAAGAAGAAGCACCUCAAGAAGAGUAAGAACCCCGAGGAUGUGGUUCGAAGGUACAUGCAGAAGGUGAAGAACCCUCCCGAUGAGGACUGCACCAUCUGCAUGGAGCGGCUGGUCACAGCAUCCGGCUACGAAGGCGUGCUUCGGCACAAGGGCGUGCGACCGGAGCUCGUGGGCCGCCUGGGCCGCUGCGGCCACAUGUACCACCUGCUGUGCCUCGUGGCCAUGUACUCCAACGGCAACAAGGACGGCAGCCUGCAGUGCCCCACGUGCAAGGCCAUCUACGGAGAGAAGACGGGCACCCAGCCGCCCGGGAAGAUGCAGUUUCACCUCAUCCCGCACUCGCUGCCUGGCUUCGCCGACACCCAGACCAUCCGCAUCGUCUACGACAUCCCCACAGGCAUCCAGGGCCCUGAGCACCCCAACCCAGGCAAGAAGUUCACCGCAAGAGGCUUCCCGCGUCACUGCUACCUGCCCAACAACGAGAAGGGCCGGAAGGUGUUGAGGCUGCUCAUCACCGCCUGGGAGCGGAGACUCAUCUUCACCAUCGGCACGUCCAACACCACAGGCGAGUCGGACACCGUGGUGUGGAACGAGAUCCACCACAAGACCGAGUUUGGAUCCAACCUCACGGGCCACGGCUACCCAGACGCUAGCUACCUAGACAAUGUGCUGGCCGAGCUCACAGCCCAGGGCGUGUCCGAGGCUGCAGCCAAGGCCUGAGGCCCGGGGGCGGCCCACCUUCCCUCCUGCUUUGCCCCUGGUCCGGCACUUGCCUCCCUCUGCCAGGCGCGUCCUGGUGGCCCGGGUUCAGGGCUGGGGAGGAGCCCGCGGAAGGAGCCAGAAGCGUCCUGGGGAUUUGGCGGAUGGCGGUUGGAACGAUGGGAGGAGGAUGGCAGGCCAGCCGGCUCCGACCCGCAGCUCCCUGAGAGGGUGGCGCAGAGAACACCGGAACCACAGUAACCUCCCUACGGAAAAGACAGAGCCCCACCCCCUCGCGCAAACACACGUGUCCUGGUGAACACACGCACGCACACCCACGUGCCUCUACUUACCCCCGGGCUGGGGGGAAAGAGACAGAAGACCCCUGUGAUACUCCAUGUGGACUCCCACCCGCGUCUCUAUCACAUCUGUGUAGGCUUGUCUGCAGGCGGGAUUCACCUCAAGCGCCUGGGGGAAAGGGGCCCCCCUCUGCUACCCACUGAUGGGCACUUGUGGGCCCAGGGGGUAGAACCCCAGGUUAGUCAGCAGUUUUGCAAAGGGGCAGGCCAGAGAGAGGGGGACUAGAGGGACCUUGUUUUGUGCUUGUGUCUCUUCAUCCUUCUGGGACUCUCACCUCCUUCUUCUCCCCUCCCGUCCCCAGGCCUUAUGUCUGUCCCAGAUAAAGGCACUGUUCUUUCCUCCCCAUCCUGUCCUCUCCGCCAAAUCGCUCCCAACGCCGAGAUCCAAAGGCUGGAUGAGGCCGAGCUUAGGCCAGCGGGUCUAAAAAAGCAGACCGGACAGCAACGAGUUCAUUUCCCUUUCUUGGGAGUGGGCAGUGGGGUGGCCGAUGGUCUUGGCCAACCAGGGGCCUGUUGCCCAGGCAACUCACCAGCUCCGCCUCUGUUGAUUGGCUGCCGCGGUGGAAGUCAGCCAAGAUUUAAAGGGACGCCAGCGAUUGCUCUUUGGAAAACCUACCCGUCCCACUGUGGGUGGAGAAAUAAAUGGUCUUUCUCCUCCUCA